UGUCAUGGGUGAACUUAGCGCGGGAAAUCAGUUCUUCGCCGCUUACGUCUCGCAGUGCAUGCCUGAUAUCGCAGCGCGAAGUGUUUGAAUUCGAAUGCCGGAAAAGUUUUCAAAGGAUGAAUAAAAAAUAAAGUGCUACUUAUAUUUAUGAUUUUUUUUCUCAAUCUGCUAAAAGGACGAAACUUAUCGCACAGUUUUUUUAAUUUAUAGUAAUAAAAACUGUGAAUAUUUUUUGAAUGUUUUCAUGAGUGCUUGGAGAUUGAUUUCGUAAUUUUGCAUUUGUGAAAAUUUCUGAACUUUUGCCAGAGCUGUUUGUAACGUAAAAUACAACAAUGGACGGGCUAAGAAAAGAGAAAAUAGAAAUUUGAUGCAAAUAAUACCUACAGAUCGAUCAAUGACCAAAACCAACUAGCAAAAUGUCACUAAAAACUAUAUUAAUAGCAAUUUUAAUGUUCAGCCUGUAUAUAAGUGCUCAUGAAAGUAUAAAUAUGAAGUCGAAUCCAAAUGACUAUAAUAUUUUAAAAGAUCUAGAUAGUAUAUUCAAUACUGAGUAUAUAUUAGACAUUAGUAAAGACGGAAGUUUAACAAACUUUGCGUAUAAAGAAAAACCAAAGAAUCAUAAUCACUUUAGAUAUAAGAGAAACAUAAAUACAACUAUAGAUAACAUUCCUUUACUGGAUUAUAAAGACAACAGUAUGAUUUCUAACAUCACGGAUGAAAGAACAUUAAUAAAAGAUUUGGAAGAUAAGGACAAAAUGGUAGCUAAUAGAUCAGAGGAAAUAGAAGAUCGUGGUACCACAGAGUUUUAUGAUGCAGAUAAUUAUACUGAAGAUUCUUGCGUCGGAGAUCCAGAAUAUUGUAACAUGACUAGAGAGGAAUAUUUUGAAAUGCUGAAUGAAUAUAUUUAUCCUCAACCGUACGAAUGGGUGCUUAUCGCAACUCAUGCGAUAGUUUUUGUGAUUGGAUUAAUCGGGAAUGCAUUGGUUUGCAUAGCUGUUUACAGAAAUCAUUCCAUGAGAACUGUGACCAAUUAUUUCAUAGUGAAUCUUGCAGUGGCAGACUUUAUGGUGAUUUUGAUAUGUCUACCUCCGACUGUACUUUGGGAUGUAACGGAGACUUGGUUCUUUGGUACUGCAAUGUGCAGAAUUGUGCUGUAUUUCCAGUCAGUAUCCGUGACGGUGUCAGUACUGACGUUGACUUUCAUCUCCGUGGACCGCUGGUACGCCAUCUGUUUCCCGCUCAAGUUCAAGUCUACCACCAGUCGCGCCAAGACUGCUAUACUUAUCAUUUGGGUGCUUUCUUUGUUGUUCAAUCUGCCAGAAUUCGUUGUCCUUCAAGUACAACAGAGGGUGCAGCUAAGGUUCAACGCGCAAUACUUCAUGCAGUGCACCUCUACGUGGUCAGAUAAAAGUGAUCUCAAAUGGCACAUAAUAAAGGCACUUUUCCUUUACACAUUCCCGCUGUUGCUGAUGAUGAUAGCGUACUGCCAGAUCGUGCGAGUGCUGUGGAGAUCAGACAAUAUUCCUGGUCACACUGAAUCACACAAACUGUGCCCGCCUACCAGUGGACAGAAUAACUGGUUGGCAGCCAGUCGGCGGACCACACCGUCAAUCCACGCGAAUGCUUCCACAGAAGGACAACUGCGUUCCCGUCGGAAGGCUGCCAAGAUGCUAGUAGCCGUGGUCAUUAUGUUCGCGGUUUGCUACUUCCCGGUGCAUCUUCUGUCAGUUCUAAGAGUCGCCUUUGUAGUCCAGCAGACAGAAAUAAUGACAUGCAUCGCUUUGAUCUCGCACGUGAUGUGCUACGCUAACUCCGCGGUCAAUCCACUCAUCUACAACUUCAUGAGUGGUAAAUUCCGUCGCGAAUUCCACAGAUCCUAUUUUAAAUGCCUCUGCUGCUGCUUCUCUUCCGCUCCCGAGCAGAACGGAACCUCGUUUGCACCUAUUGGUAGUUCUAGAGCAGGAACAACCAGAACUGUUGUCAGGAGAAAUGACUCCUGUGUCAGCUACAGACUGACUCACCUCUCUCCAUCGAACCAUAACAACAUCCAUCGGGAUGUAGUGAGAAAUACAAAUACCUCUUUCAUAGAAAAUAUGAACGGCAAUCGAAGACCUAAAGUAAGGGAUGACUCAAUUAGUGAAUCUGCCCGAUUCACCCUAACCACAGAUGCUAGAGAUUGACACUUAGGCAGAGAUCUCCUCGUGUACACCGAUAGGAACCGUGACGGAAUUGGCUAUAUAGCAAGGAGCACGAAUAGCAUUGAUUGUAAACCAUACUACGAUUGUUUUAAAGGCCAAGGGCCGAGUGGAUGUGCCAGUGCUAAAAAAGUGAGCUUCGAUAAAAUAGAACUUGAAAGACAUAGUGAUACGCAAGCCGAUUAUCGAGAAUGUGAUAGUGAACUUAAAGAACUUUCCACUGAUGACGACGAAACAAAAAACGGGUUUAAAUUUAAAUUUAAUCGUAGUCUAAAUAGUUGUCAGAUAAAGAAUAAGAAAAAAGUCAAAACUGUGUUUUAAGCAUUUCAAUUAGUGUAGGACGUAGGUUAAGUUCUAACGGUAUCUUUAUCUAUUUUGUAAAUACUGUCUUUGAUAUCGUUGUGUCAUGUGGUUCCUCGUGACCUAGUAACUAAGAAAAUGACAAAAUAAACUACUUAAUUCUCUGUGUAUGAUGCGAUCCAAAAAAUAAUAUUAGGUGUGUAUUAUAGGUAUCUUCUGGCUGAUAAUAUCUGCGACUUCGUCUGCGCGUGAAUUUUUGGUUCUACAAAUCCCGUGGGAAUUCUAACUUUCGUGAUAAAAAGUAGCCUAAGUCACUUUCCGAAUUUUUAUUGUAGUAGCGUAAAAUAAAUUUCAAAAUACAUUUUUUACAAAACGUUUAUAAAAUUACUUUUUCGUCGAGACUUCUGCCUAACAUUUCGUAAAAUAGAAAAUCUGUACUUAGCUAUAAGAAGACUAUAACGAAGUUAGCGUAAGAUAAACUGUCUCAAUUGUAAUACUUAUUAAGUAAGUCCUGUAAAAAUGUAACACAGCAAGUAAACCUAUAAAUAUUAGACGAACAAAUUGGCUAAAUAAUUUCGUAAUUGCCACAAAGAAAGCAAUCUAGCUUAGCCCCUUCUAAUAGGUAAUCCGAUUUGUCUCGUCAUUUAAUCCAAUUGCCUUUGAUGAAAGAAAAGCUAAACAUUUAAUAUCAUUCAAAGGCGGUUUAAUCUUGCCGAUAUUAAAAAGACUAUCAAGAUUAAUUGGGAUAAUUUAUUUAGUUCAAUUUUAACUAAAAAACCGAGUGCAAAAACAAAAUUUCUACAUUUUAUGGCGACAACUCAAAAAUUAUUUGUUCCACAUAACGGAUUUUUAGAUAAAUGGCGGCAAAAUUCACUUCGUAGGUAGGCACUUUGUCUGUGAAAAGAGGUGCAGAUCUUUACGUGGACUACUUUGAAUGGACGUCUAGUAAAAUUAUGCAGCUAAAAAUACUCUGGCGGUACAAAACUGUUGCAACUGUUUAUUCUAAAAAUAGCUUUAUACCGUUUUAUUGUACGUAUGGUUGCCGACACUCAAUACAUUUAUUGUAAACAAGUCGUUUCCUGUGUUUGCCUAUUUCGUUUACUAACAAAGUAAUUCGCGUAAUAUUUAUUACUCGAGAUAACUAGGUAUGCCUCGUUGAUCUCGUAUUUAGCUUGUUCGACUGCGGAUGAUGAGGCAUUGGUUCGAUUCCUGGGUCAGGCCGAAUAAAAUUGGUAAAAAUUACGAAGUACCGCUUACUGUUUCACGAUUUUUGGAAGUGUCAUCCCCUAACAAUUUUCAAAAAUUCCUCUUGACUAAGGCCGGGGCAGGUUGGCUAAUUCAAUGAUGUUAUAACUAAGUAUCAUGUAAUGCCAUGCUAUAUUAUGAUAAAAAUGAUUAUCAUCCUCCAUUUCUAGGCUAAGGGCCUGUUUCACCGAAUCCUGUAAGAUUAGUUUCUUGGAAUCCACAUUAGGAGUCGCUUUCCGUCUAUACAGCCAUGUUUUAAGCGAACAGAUAAUUUAUAAGUUGAGAGCAAAGACUUACAAGACCAACAGUGACAGAUUAACGGUGUUACAAAAAACGAAACGUAAAUGUGUGCGUGAAAUAGAGUUGUCCUGACUUUAGCAUUUGUAUUAUCGAUAGUCUCACUGGCGAAAUCAUAGGA